AUAGAGGGAAAAAGAGAGAUAGACAAUGGAUGAGAAGAUGGGGAGCACCGUGGGUUGCUGGUUAAUGAAUGGGAGGAGAUUCUUCUUGUGGGUGUGCGUGCUGAUAAUGAGCUUAGUAGGAAAUAAUAAUAAUGGUAAUAAGGUGGGAAUGGGAGUGGAAGGGCUGAGCUGCAACUGGGGAACGCGUUCAACGCAUCCGCUGCCGCCCAGCAUAGCGGUGAGGCUGAUGAAGGACAAUGGGUUCAACAAGGUGAAGCUGUUCGAGGCAGAGCCUGGCCCCCUCAAGGCUCUUGGCAAUUCCGGGAUUCAGGUCAUGCUUGGUAUUCCCAAUGACUUCUUGGCCCCACUGGCCGCCGGCGUCCGAUUUGCCGAGGACUGGGUCGCCCAAAAUGUCUCCACUUACAUUUCCACCCACGGGGUUGAUAUAAGGUACGUGGCGGUGGGCAACGAACCCUUUCUGAAGACAUACAAAGCCACCUUCCUGCAGACAACCUUACCGGCGCUCAAAAACAUCCAAGCCGCACUCAUCAAAGCUGGCCUCGCCCGCCAAGUCAAGGUCACCGUCCCCCUCAACGCCGAUGUCUACCAAACCGACACCGGCCUCCCCUCCGGUGGCGACUUCCGCUCCGACAUCCACUCCCUCAUGCUCUCCAUCAUCAAAUUCCUCAGCGACAACGGUGGCCUCCUCACCAUCAACAUCUACCCUUUCCUCAGCCUCUACGACGACCCAAACUUCCCCGUCGACUACGCCUUCUUCUCCGGCAACUCCUCCUCCUCCAUCGUCGACGGCCCCAUCUCCUACUCCAACGUCUUCGAGGCCAACUACGACACCCUCAUCUGGGCCCUCGAGAAGAAUGGCUUCCCUUCCCUCCCAAUCGUCGUCGGCGAGAUCGGCUGGCCCACCGACGGCAACUCCAACGCCACCCCGGACAACGCCCGCAAGUUCAACCAGGGUCUCCUCAACCGCAUCCUCCGCGGCCAGGGCACCCCCAAGCGCCCCUCUUCCCCCGACAUCUACCUUUUCGCGCUCCUCGACGAGGACGCCAAGAGCGUGCAACCCGGCAACUUCGAGCGCCACUGGGGGCUCUUCGCCUUCGACGGCACCGUCAAGUACCAGCUCAACCUCGGGAACGGCCGCUCCCUGGUUCCGGCGAAGGGCGUGCGGUACCUGAAAAGGGAGUGGUGCGUUAUGUCGCCGACGGCGAAUCUCAUGGACCCCAACUUGGCGGAGAGCGUGAACUACGCGUGCUCCUAUGCGGAUUGCACCAGCCUCGGGUACGGGUCGUCGUGCGGGAAGCUGGACGCGAGGCGCAACGCUUCUUAUGCAUUUAAUAACUAUUAUCAGACGAUGAAUCAGCAGAAAGGGUCGUGCCAGUUCUCCAACUUGUCGGUGCUGACGACUGUUGACCCGUCUCAGGGCAGUUGCCGGUUCCAGAUUAUGAUUGACUUGGGAAAGCACGAGACCAAGGGGCGUCGGACUCCCAGUGCUGCGACGGCCGGGAUGAAGCAAAACGACGUUACAGCUGUCGUUUUGUUGUUGAGCUUGGUCGUCAUUUAUUCUUCUGCAUUAAUGUUGUAUUAAUUUAGUUUCUCUCUUCUUUUUCUUUUUUUUUUUUGGAGUGGUUGAUUUGUUUGAAAUGGGUGUACUUAAUUAAACUACAACUAUUUGUCAAAAAAUAUAUAUAUCGACAUUGUUGUAUGUCUCACAAA